AAUUGUUCUUUCUCAUUUGCCGCAGCUGAUUUCUAUAUCGAAGGUCGAAGACCACGUGCGAGUGUCUCUUCUUCAGAUAAAAACCGCGUGUGUUCUUUUGUGCCAGUUUAACAGCUAAACUAGAGUGAAAACAUUUAUAAAAAUGGUGAACGUAGAAAUCGACUCGGCCCAGGAUGUCUCCAUGCAGUCGGAGAAACUCAAUCCGACGCAGAUUAAUUCGGAGGAGAUUAAUUCCAUCCUGAGAGCUAUCAUCAUCGCGCGGACCAAGGAAGGAGCUACAUUGGACGAAAUAAUUGAGGACUUCAAGGAAAACAACGAUGAGUGUCUGUUAACAAUGUUCGGGGAUCGGGAGACCAUUGUGCACUAUAUGCGGGGUCUCGAGGGCGUUUGGACUUCUUUCCAUGAGCCACAUGGACCGCUACUAUGGUACUGCAACACGUCGAAAACGCAACAUCUGUCCAAUAUGAUCAAGAAUCAGAAAUCGCCACGUGGGAACAAGAAGUAUCCAUGGCGUAAUCAACCCGCUCGGAUGAUCUACACAUCCAGUAGCAAUGUCGUCGCCGGCAGCAGCAGCACGCUGAUGGCCGCCAGCAACGGCUCUGGUCAGCGGGAGAAAUUCUUCGAUGAUAACAUCAAUUUCGUCCCGAAACGGAACGCGUGGAACCGUGUCCAGCUGCAGCAGCGAACCCCGGGCUACCAUCCCUACAUGCCACCCCAGAGACGGCAGGUGCAGCCGAAGACGCAGCGCGGAUACUAUUCCAGCAUGCAAAACAUCGUGCCCAACUUUUGCGGUUAUCAAAUGAUCGGAGACGACUUUUUCCUUUCGCUAGCCAGAUGGGAAUUAGGAUACUCUUUUGACCCAGGACACACUAUUCAACAGAGCGGCCUUUGCAUUUCCGGCUUGACAAUCGCGGAGGCAGCGGAUCGCGUAAUGAAGGCAACUGUUCUUAACGAUCGGGUCAUAUUACACAUUGGUGUGGUUGAUUUGCUGCAUGGGCACGAUUAUGUAGACAUGCAGAUGGAUCUGCUGCGCCUGAUGAGAAUUUUUGAAGAGCGUGGAGUGCGCGUCAUCCUCACGACCCUGUCCCCAAUCGCAAACAGUUCGCACAUGCCCGGUGUGGUUAACCGAUAUUUACAAUUCAACAGUCUGAUUCGCAACUCAAACUGGUGCUACAUCGAUCUGUAUCGGUGUUUUGUCAACGAGCGGCAUAACACCCUGUACGAGUGCUAUCAACCUGGUCCGCGUCACGUCAGCGGAAGCAACCAACCCCAUGUUCUGUGGAACAAGCUGGGACGCCAGCGUAUCAUCAAAUUCCUGAAAACACAACUCGCGAGAUUCAUCUAAGGAUCCUACCCGAUACCAGCGCACGGCCAAAUUAUUUCACUAGCGUACUCUUACUUUUCAUUUUAAUCUGUACUGUAAGUCUUAAUUGUUUAUUGUAUUUUCUGCCAUUUCGGGGUGAACCCUCCCGUUCAAGUGGCACACUGUAUUGUGGUUGGUGUGGAACCUGUUUUUAAAACUCCGGCGUUUAAAUUCAGUUUCCCGUACAAACCAAUACUUUAAGGAUCCAUUGCGUCAAUCUUUGUAUGACCGGAUACAAGGGUCAGCCCAAUGCCGCAUCCUAGAGUAGCUGGUCAACGAUUUCGAGGAAGAUCGCGGGCGAUCGUUCUGCGAGAUUGUUCUGCUUACCCCACUGGGUAACCGGUUCCCACUGGGCGUCAAGCGACUGAAUUAUGGCUGGUCCAUCUAAUUCAUCUUUUCAAAACACCGAGCGCAAUGCAGUUGCCACAAAACGAGAGAGGACGAAAACUCCAAAGUAGUAGUAAAUAAUCGCGAUUAUUUAGCGCUCAAUGGCCAUACGAAGUAUGUUAAGCUUUUCUAGAUCUUAAUUAUUUUAAAACAGAAAGAUUUAAAUAUUUACGAUGCUGAAUGAGAUACUAGAAUUUGUCAAGUUAAAAUUGUUCAGUCACAUGUGAUAUGUAAUGUCAAUAAAUCUUUAUGUUAAAUGUUGUGUAA